AUGGAGUCCCUCGUGUUUGAGAAUUCGCCGCUGGCCGAGUACCUGCAAGGAGAAGGUGGAAGUGAGGAUAAUUGGCCCUUGGAUGGAACGCAAGACGACACCAACCCGGAUAUUCCGUCUUCUGAUUUCGCCCCGAGAGGAGCUUCUCGAUUUCAAACUCGUGUGCGCAACAAGCUCCCCAAACCGCUAGACCUCAAGAGCACGCAACAUGGAGCGGUGGUCGAGAAGCUGUACAGCACUUGUUCGUCUGUCCUAAACGCACGCAUCGCAAGGGGCGAUAAUGAAAGAUUCCUGGAGCAGUUCGGAUAUGUCAUUGUCGCCUCGCAGCUGUUAAACGAGCACAGUGCUCCCUCCUACACCUCCGCCGCCGAUGUCGUGUCCGCGGCGCAGCCCGCAGAGCUUCCCUCUCUCGACGACAUUUGGACUACAGGGCGCCAUUGCUUGGGAAUCAACCCCAGGAAAGUCGGCGUGCUUCUGGUCCUUGUCCCUGUCCUCGGUGUCUUCUUUUACGCGUUUGCCAAAAGACAAUGGUUGAAAUACUUGCGACAUCAGGCUGUGGAAGCCGCCGGCAUAUUUAUUGGAAAUGCUCAGGGAUUUGACUCGGCUGCAUCGGCUUCCGUGGUCUUCAUACAAGAAGUUGAGCUGGUUUCUCGGGGCUAUCGGAUAAGCACCCCCUUGCCCCCUAUAAGUCGAUUGGAGGAUCAGGUUCAAAUCAGACGGUGCUUAAGACUACGUCGCGCCGUUUCAGAAUGCUUCUGGUCAAUGCUAGAGCGAUAUAUUCGGUCGCAGAACACGCUUCGCCCGCUCACGGACGCGGCCAAUCUGGCCAAAUACUACGACAUCUAUGAUAUUGGACUUCCAGACCUUGAAGCAAUCGAGUCGGGUUUUUCUCAACGGUCGUUAGAUGACCAAUAUUCACUUCGCUCCCUACGGGAUUUAUUCGGUAAACUCUAUACCAUGCGGAAGAGCGUGUUAUGCUGCCUGCUCGCCCUCAGUGCCGAUGGGGGCGGCUCGGAUAUCACGCGGUGGAGCUCCGCAGUAGAAGAGAUGCGCGAGCUGGCUGCUGUCACAGGGGCCAGUAUGAGUAAAAUGACCAGCAUCUUGAACGAGGAGGACCGAGAGGCCAUUCCUCCGUCGCCAUUGCCCACCGCUUCCCCAAGCAAGGAGCACAUGCGUGCACAAUUCCGGCGGCUUAACUCUUUGUCUCAAGGUGUUCGUGCCUUGCACGCCAAAAUGCACAUCAUCAGCGAGGAGUCUAAUGCCAACCUCGACCGGUCAGAGGCGAAUGACUUUGAAGCAGCUCUGCUUACACAAUACGACUCUAUCGGCAGCGACAUUCGGGCCCUCCUCCAGGAAUGGGAGGUCGGCAAAGCAGCUAUUGUCAAUAAUCAAGACCGCCUCAGUCUUUCGGAUCGGUCACGACCGUCAAGCCUUGCUGUACCACUGUCGCCCACACCCAGCCUUGGUGGGACAACAGCGGUUGGAGGCAGCCCCACGGACGCCUUGAAAGCCUUGAACGGCGAGAAUCGACCCGAUCUCACACAUAGCUUCGAGGACGAGGAGAUCUUCGAAGCCGUCGUGCUCCCCGCGUCGAGGAACAAGCGAGCCUCGUUGACUAGAGACGAGCGCCUGGCCCGUGUGCGAGAAGACCGUGCCAGGCAAGCAACCGCCCGGGAAAAAGCUGAUGCUAGCACAAACAUGCUCAAAGAGCUGGAAAUGGUCAUCAAGCAACGGCCGCGGAACAGCACCUCCAAACGAGUAACCAGUCUCUAG